AUGGCCACUCCGAAACCCACAAUCAUCCUGGUCCACGGUGCAUGGCACUCGCCCGAGCACUUCCAGCCACUGGAGAAAGCGCUCCAUUCCAACGGCUACCGGACCGUCUCGCCCUGGCUUCCGAGCAUGCACUACGCGAGACUGAACGUGCCACCCGUAUCAAGUAUUGACGACGAUGUCUCUGCGGUCCGACAGACCAUUCUCUCGGAGCUCGACACCCGUCCGGACACCGACGUCGUGCUCCUCGCGCACUCAUACGGGACGGCUCCCGCGGGCUCGGCGACCGAGGGCCUCGACAAAUCUUCACGUACCCAGACAGGCCAUCACAGCAACGGGGUCACCGCACUGCUCAUCAUCUCGGGCCUUCUGGCGCCGGCUGGGAUCUCUCUCCUGGACUGGGGCGGCGGGCAGGUCCCACCGACGAUGGUCCUAUCGAGCAUGCCCUCACCCGUCGACCCGACGAAGGAGAUCAAACUCUGCAGUCCCGUCCCCGACCCCGGCCCCGUCGCCUUGUUUUACCAUGACCUGGCCGAGCGAGAUGCCCCGGCCGCCCAGCGCUACGCUUCGCUCUGCACGCCGCAGGUCUGGGUGGCCCACAGGACGCCCCUGCCGUUCACGCCGUGGACGCCGGCGGCGUGGUUGCAGUCCGGCUUGGAGGUGUUUUACCUAGUGUGUGAAGACGACAAGGCGCUUCCAGCUCCGUUCCAGAGACUCAUGAUUCAGGCGGUGGACAAGGAGGUAGCGGCUGCACGAGAGGAUGCCGGGACGGCGGCAGGAAAUGAAGCGCCGGAGAGGAAGAUCCGUGUGACGAGCAUCAAUAGCGGGCAUUGUCCAUUUCUGAGCCUUGUCGAGGAAACUGUCCUGUGGGUGAGGAGGUGUUGUGGCGAGGAGGACGUCUGA